CAUAAACGAAAGUUGCUGAUAAACGUUGAGUUUUACGCCAUUUUACAGACUACAAUUACAAAAGACCAUGGCCUCGAAAUAUCACGACGAUUGGCAAUCUAGUAAGACAACGGUUUUGCAAAGAAACGCGUUUAUGUUCGAUAACGAAUUGAUGAGCGACGUAUCAUUUGUCUGUGGUGAGACAAGUCAUCGUGUAUUCCAUGCACACAAAUAUGUGUUAGCAACGAGCAGUGCUGCGUUCUUUGCCAUGUUUUACGGAGAUUUGGCUCAGAAAGAGUCUCCUAUUCGCAUUAAGGACGCGGACGAACAAAGCUUCAAGGAAUUUCUUCGUUUUCUCUACGUGGACGACUGCGAAAUUACCGCAGAAAACGCGAUUGGAAUUAUGAACUUGGCUAAGAAAUAUCUCAUUCCAUCUCUGGCGGAUAAAUGUUGCAAGGUUCUAGAGACAAGCAUUAAGCCUGACAAUGUUUUUACCGUUUUGGAGGGAGCUAAACACUUUGAUGAGAGCGAUUUGGAAGCGAAAUGCUGGGCUAUUGUCUCCCGGAAAACUCUGGACUGCGUGAACUCUGAAGCAUUUUGUACAAUCGGGUCACACACUCUCGAUACUCUGUUAAAGACAGGAACACUAGGUAUAGAAGAGGUGGAUUUGUUCAUAGCCGUAUUAAAAUGGGUGGAUAGUGAAUGUAAGAGACAGGGUAUACAGGGUGACGCAAUGGCGAGAAGACGCGUUCUUGGAGAUAGUGUGAAUGAAAUUCGUUUUCUCGAAAUGUCACAAGAGGACUUUGCUAAUUACGUUCCUGCAACAGGAAUACUCACAGACACAGAGAUAGUAUCAAUUUUCUGUGAAUUCAACGGAGUUGUUAUGGCUGACUCAAAAUGGAAGAGUCUACGAAGGAGACGAUCUGCAUUCACGGUAGUUGGUUUUAGCAGAUUUAAUCUUGAAGAUUUGGCCAUGCCCACUACCGACAGCUGGAGUUACAAAGGAAAUCCCGAUGCUCUCAUUUUUUCUGUUAAGAAAAAAGCAGUUUCUUUUCACGGUGUUCGUUUGUUUGGCAAUGCUGAUUCUGGCAAGUAUGAAGUAACAUUCACGAUCAAAGAUAAAACGGUAACAGGAACUUAUAAUUCGGAACAAGACGAUGACGGUGUCUGGGGAUAUGACGUCAUGUUGUCAAAGGCAAUGUCUCUACUACCUGAUGAAGAUGUCACAAUAAUUGCGACCAUAAAAGGACCACGUUCUUAUUUUGGUACAAGUGGAAAAUCAUACGUGAAAUCUGACGAAAUUAACGUCACUUACAAAAAGGCACUCUCUGGUGGUGGCACAUAUGGUACAAGCGUAAAUAGAGGUCAGUUUUACAAAAUAUUUUUGUCGCUGUUAUAG